CUAACAGUGGAUGGGAUCAAUGAUCCAAAUGCACUGGAGCCACUAACUCCAAAUCAUUUUAUUAUGAUGAAAUCAAAGGUUGCUCCUGGACCCCCUGGAUUAUUUGUUAAAGAGGAUUUGUAUGCAACGAAGAGGUGGAGAAGAGUCCAGUACCUGAUUGAACAGUUUUGGAGUCGAUGGAAGAAGGAGUAUCUCAUGGCCAUAGCAACAAGGCAAAAAUGGCACAAACCCAAACGCAAUCUCAAGACAGAUGACAUUGUCAUCAUCAAAGAUAACAAUCUUCCACGAAACCAGUGGCAGUUAGGUAGAGUCAUUGAAACUGUCAAAGAUAGCGAUGGCUUAGUUAGAAGAGUCAAAUUACAACUUGGAAAAUGUGUAAAUGACAGUAAACCUACAGUUAUUGAACGACCAGUCCAUAAACUGGUUGUACUUCUUGAAGGUUGAAAGAUCAUAGAUGACGAAUCUAUAUUUUUAAAACAGGAUGUACAUUAUUAUUUAUUUAUUUAUUUUUAAUCUUUGUGAAGAGCAGUCAUUCAUAGCAGGAAAUUCUGUACCAUUCAUUCACUAUCCAUGUAAAUUCAUUGUAGCAGAAUUUGGUGGGAGUGUAAAUGACAGCCAAUUGUUAUUAUUUUUUCUUAUUGAAUGUAUACUGUUGUUUGACUAUUGCUCAGUUUGUUUCUUUAUAUGGCACUACAGCGCCUCCCUGUGGAUGCUUUAGUAACGUGCGCAACAACUUCAGUUUUUUUCCGUUGACGCACGUAUCUGUUUUUUCUUUGCUGGCACACGCAAUGACGGCACGCUUGAAUGGACUCUACAGUUAAUUUUUUGUAGAUAGCACCCCUUUGUAAGCGGAAUGAGUUUUCACAGUGCACAAGUACUUUGGAUCGUUGCAUCAAAGAGACCAAUAAAGUACGCACUUGUUUGAA